AUGCCGCCCAAAGAACCGCUAAGAAACGCCCUCACCUUCGAAAAAAAGAAUAAAGACAUGCUCAAGCUCCCCAAACAUGCCGGAAUCCAAAAACGCCCCAUCCCCCACGCCCCAAUAGCAUCCCCAUACGCCGGGUCCAGCGUCCCCAAAGUCGUCUACAUAUCAAGCAACACGCCCUUCAUGAGCGCCGUGAAACGCGUGCAGAAGUUCCUCCAGCAAGCCGAGAAACGUGCGACCGCGUCCGUGAAUCUAUCGAGCAGCAAGAAGCGGGACCGGGAGAGACUAGCGGAGAUUGCGCGGGGGAAUGAGUCGUUGAAGAAAGAGGAGGUGUUUGUUAAGGCGACGGGGCGGGCGAUUGAGAAGGCGCUGCGGGUGGGGAAGUGGUUUGAGGGGAGAGAGAGUGAGUAUGUGGUGCGGGUUGAGACGGGGAGUGUACUUGUUGUUGAUGAUGUUGUGGAGGAUGAGGAGAGGAAGAGGAAGUUGAAGGAGAAGGUUAAGGGUGGUGCUUCGCAGGGUUCGGAGUCUGCGGCGAAGAAGCAGAGGCGGGCGGCUAGUGCUUUGGCGGUUGCUGAGGAGGAGGAAUUGCCUGAGACGAGGACGCGGUGGGUGAAUAAGGUGGAGGUGUCGAUUGCCUUUAAAUGA